AUGCGCUCUCAUUCACUCCUGGCAGCUCUGAGCCUAGGAUCGGCAGCUCUAGCACUACAGGGCCAAUUCCCUCUCAACACUCAGGCUGCUGAUAAAACUUCAAGACCCUUCGAUAUCACCAACUUGCAUAAUGAUAAAACACAUUCAUAUAGUUUCGGUUCGAAGACUGAGCAAUGGAGAUUUGACGAAGGUCCUGCCGAGAACGCGACAGGGAACUUGAUCUUCGACACUGUUCAUUCACUCCUGCAACACUGGCCAAACACUCGGUAUCGUCAUGGACAUAAUAUAGUACCAGGAGUGAUACCGAUCGGUACUUUGCUCUAUCACGGCACUAGCCGCAAUGCGAUACCCAGUGAGCCAGAAUGGACCGCUGUGGACCCAGAGCAUUCCAUUGUUUUCGCUCGUGGAAAGGAUGGCUGGCACCUCACGCUGGCAGCAACGCGACCUCUGAAAGUCUUGUACUUUGAUGGAAAUAGUGCUGCUAAGCUAUCCGAGGGUACAAUGGAUACACAGGAUAUAUUAGCCUGGGGAGAAGUGCAACCUGAACGAUGCUGGGAUGAAAGACCACGGAUUAAAGAUCUCUGUAGGUGGGGAAAGGAGCUCGGAAUCGACGGUUUCGCGAGGAUGGAAAUGGACUUUGAAGUUAUGUUGUGUGAUUUUACGGCUGGUGUCGAGGUAGUAUCUUUCGCUCAUAUCCGAAAUUCACUGAAGGACCAAAGCCCUCUCCCUCCUCCUCCGUCGGAUUCUGUUUCCUGGAUUCGCAGAUUUGAAGUCAUACACUCCGGCUCAUGGCACAAUCGCUACCCAGGAGAUUCCCGCAUUGUGCUUGACCUGACUGGUCUUAUCUCACUGUAUGAUAUUGCACUAGUACCAUCCCUCAUCCCGGUUCGCGCAGGGCUUGAACGGUGGGACCACCGGGUGCUCGGAAUCUCGUCGGAGGACAUAUUGCAGGUGAAGAGAAAGCUCACCGAAAUCAUCAGUCGAGCAGAACCUGGAAGUGGUAUAGACUGGAAGACCCUCACUCACGUCAUCGUUGAUCGAUAUGCAGAUCGGCUGGAGUUGAUGCAAUAUCUACUCAAUUUCACCUCGUCAGAUUCGCAAGAAGUCCUCCAGCGAGCGGAGCUCACGCAAGUACAGCUCCGUGUUAUGCUCACGCCAUACCUAUUAGAUUCCACCAUCGUCCCUAGCGCAGGCGCUUCAGGUGUAGAUGCCUUGCAGUGGGCAUCCCCAAUCUUCAGGCUAUGCGCCACAACACACACUUCCGUGAUAAUCAACCAAAUACCUUUCAUGACACCUUCGGAACGCUUGCUGUUAAAAGCCGUCGAAGAGACAACAAGAGAAGUCUGUCGGGUCACUACGAAAAUGUGGGCCGUGGGUGUCAUGAGCGGGCUCGACACACUUUUCCCCAUUGACCUGAAUGGAGAGCCUGAUGUCGCUCAAAUAAUGAAUGACUGGAGACAAGACAUCGAGAAGCUGAUGUCUUGGUUAGACUGGAGUAUAUGGAUUAAAUGCCGACCUGCUUGCGGCCUAGAGGAAAUAUGUUAUCUUCCUACUUGGCCCGGCAGUGCCCCCGGGCCAAGGCAUCCACGUAAACCUCCGCGGGACCCGCGGAACACUACAGAUGCACCAGCAGAAGUAGAUUAUCUUUCUGAUGAAGUCGUGCAGACGCCGAUGGAGGAAUGGAGGAAGCCUCAGCCGAAGUGCAUUAGGCGCCUCUCGCCGUACGGAUUUUAA